GCCGGCAGGUGACGCAGUUGUGACUCCUGUUGGUGGCCGGACCGUUUGUUGGCGCUCCCUGUUUCCCGGGAAGAUUGUGGGGAGCGUUGGAGCAGCGCUUUCUCUGAUCGCAGUCGAUGUGAGCGGGGGCCACCAUUUUCCAAUUAAAGUCGGUUUGAGGGUCGGGUACAUGGUCACGGAGUCGCGAGUGCCUGAGGUCCACAGAGGGGGGACAAUGAGUUUGUAAUGCACAGUGUCUGCUGCUCUGGGCCAUGGAGGACGAGUCUAUCUCAGGGAGUGAUCCAGAUGUGGAGUCGGAGGAUGUGGAAGAGGAAGAGGAGGAGAUGGAGGACAAUGAUGGUGAUGACGAAGAAGACCUGGAGGAAAAUGAUGAUUCUGAGCCCACCCCUGUCGGUUCUGAGCAUUCUCCACAGCCCGAUGCCAGAGGAUGGAAAUGCUCCACUUCAACUACCUCAUCACAGAAUGAAAGGAAGCAGUCUUGCUCAGAAAAUGGCAAGAAGCAGAGGUCAACAAAGCCUGGCCACAUGAGGAGAAACAUCCGAAAACUACUACGGGAGGACCAACUUGAGGCUGGAACCAAAGCAGCACAGCUGGAGGAAUUAGAGCGACUCAAACGCCUUGAGCAACAGAGGAAGGAAUUUGUGUUACCAACUUUGCCAUUUGAUCUCAUACAAGAAUCCAAUACUCAAACCUUAAAAAAAGAACCAGUCUGGAAUGAGGAGGAAACUGCACAGAAAACAGAUGAAAUUCCUCCAAGACUCCCAAAACCUGAGGUAAUCUGUGUGGAUAUAAGCAGCGGGAGUGAAGAAGGUGCAGCAGCCGAGGAGCAGGUCUUAAAGAAUGAAGAUGUGAUUGAGCUGAGCUCAGGGGAAGAAGAUUCACUGCACAUUCUUGACAGUGAAUCCAGCAACGAAGAGGAGGAGGUGAAUGAAGAGAGUAGUGGUGCACAUGUGAACGAUGCCUUGAAUCAGCCAGAUGAUCUGGGCCGUGUCCUAGUCAACAUAAAUCAUCCACCAAAUGAGCAAGAUAUUUUCCUGGCACCCCAACUGGCACGAGCAGUCAAAUCACACCAGGUCGGUGGAAUCCGCUUCCUGUAUGACAAUCUAGUGGAAUCACAAGAAAGAUUUAAAAGUAGCAGUGGGUUUGGCUGUAUCCUAGCACACAGUAUGGGUCUUGGAAAGACCUUGCAGAUAGUCUCCUUCGUGGAUGUCCUCUUUCGAUACACAGAAGCUCGCACUGUCCUUGCUAUUGUACCGGUGAACACUUUGCAGAACUGGUUGGCAGAGUUUAACAUGUGGCUGCCUGCCCCAGAAAUACUUCCUGCAGAUUACAACUCUGAGGAGAUACAGCCCAGGAGUUUUAAAGUUCACAUCCUAAAUGACGAACACAAAACAACUGUGGCCCGUUCCAAGGUGAUUAAUGAAUGGUCAGCAGAUGGUGGUGUGCUGUUAAUGGGGUAUGAGAUGUAUCGUUUACUGUCGUUAAAAAAGUCAUUUGUUACUGGGAGGAGGAAGAAAACAAAGAAACCAGCGGGACCUGUAAUUAUAGAUCUAGAUGAGGAAGAUCGGCAACAAGAGCUAUUGAAAGGGAUUGAAAAAGCACUGGCUAGACCAGGCCCUGAUGUUGUCAUUUGUGACGAAGGCCACCGCAUAAAGAAUUGCCAUGCCAGUACAUCUCAGGCCUUGAAGAGCAUCCGUUCGAGGAGGCGAGUGGUCCUGACUGGGUAUCCACUUCAGAACAAUCUUAUGGAGUACUGGUGCAUGGUGGACUUUGUCCGGCCCGAUUUCCUUGGUACCAGGCAGGAGUUCAGCAACAUGUUUGAGCGUCCCAUCUUAAAUGGACAGUGUAUUGACUCCACACCGCAGGAUGUCCGCCUGAUGCGGUACCGCAGCCACGUUUUACACAGCCUGCUAGAAGGAUUUGUACAAAGACGAGGUCACGAUGUCUUGAGAGGUCACCUUCCUGAGAAAGAAGAACACGUGCUGCUAGUCCGUCUCUCCAAAAUUCAGCGAUCACUGUACACCGAGUUUAUGAAUCGUUUCCGAGAUGCAGGAAACAGUGGCUGGCUGGGUCUCAAUCCUCUCAAAGCAUUCUGUGUCUGCUGUAAGAUCUGGAACCAUCCAGAUGUACUUUAUGAGGCUUUGCAGAAAGAGAACUUAGCCAAUGAUCCAGAUUUAGAUCUUGAGGUAAAUGAUCUUAACACAGGUGCGCCAAAUGCACGUGCUCUGCCAGUUGGGGGCAAGAGGAAAACGGAAAGUGCAUCAACCACCAUAGAUUCAGCAAACAGCAAGUUCACGCAGAAUGUUGGCUUCAACCAUUUCCAAGACAAAACUAACCAGGUCAUUACCUAUGAGUGGGCUAAGGAUGUUUUGGCAAACUACCAACCUGGCUUGCUAGAGAACUCUGCAAAAAUGGUCCUACUGUUUGAGCUGAUAGAAGAGACCCUGAAACAUGGGGAUAAGAUCCUUGUGUUUAGCCAGAGCCUUUCUACGCUCUCAGUCAUUGAGGAAUUUCUCGGAAAGAAAAUGAUGCCAACAAAAACAGGCUCUGAGGAACCUCUACAACCAUGGAUCCGAAAUGUUAACUAUUACCGACUGGAUGGAAGCACCUCUGCAAUGGAUCGGGAACGGCUGAUCAAUCAGUUCAAUGACCCUCGCAAUACUAAAGCUAAUCUCUUCCUGUUGUCUACGCGAGCUGGCUGUUUGGGAAUCAAUCUGGUUGGGGCCAAUCGAGUGGUGGUGUUUGACGCUUCCUGGAAUCCCUGUCAUGAUGCUCAGGCAGUGUGUCGUGUGUACCGCUAUGGUCAGAAGAAGCCUUGUUUCAUAUAUCGACUGGUUUCUGACUACACCCUAGAGAAGAAGAUCUAUGAUAGGCAGAUCUCAAAGCAGGGCAUGUCUGACCGUGUUAUUGAUGAUCUCAAUCCAGUGCUGAAUUUCACCAGGAAGGAAGUGGAAUCACUCCUGCAUUUUGUGGAGGAGGAGCCUGUUUUAUCAGAUACCAGCAUUGAACCAGAGAAAAUAUGUGAUGAAGUAAUUCUCAGAGCAUGCGCCAAACAUAAACAGCUUGUCACUAAGCAACCUUUCCAGCAUGAAUCAUUGCUGAUGGACCGCAAGGAAUACAAGCUGACCAAGGCAGAGAAGAAGGCAGCGAAGAAGAGCUAUGAGGAUGAGAAACGGGCAUCAGUCCCUUACACUCGGCCAUCUUAUGCCCAGUAUUACCCAGCCAGUGACCAGAGCCUUACCAACAUCCCCAUCUUCAGCCAGCGACAUUGGAGGGGCCCAAUCAAGGGGCUGGAUGAGAAGCCAGUGGCUAGUGUUCGCCCUUUGCAGUCAACGCCAAUUCCAAUGAUGCCUCGGCAGGUGCCAGGUGGAAUGGCAAUACCGAGUUCGGGAUUUGGUCCUGUGUUCCCAGUCAGUCACCUCCAGCGUGCUGGUGUCGUGGUACAGAAAAUCGUCACCACCACAGAUAUAGUUAUUCCUGGAACCAACACAUCAACUGAUGUCCAAGCAAGGAUUAAUGCUGGGGAAAGCAUCCAUGUAAUCAGGGGAACAAAAGGGAUGUACAUACGCACCUGUGAUGGAAGGAUCUUUGCUGUGCGAAUGGGCAAUAAACCAAAAGUGACUGAGGGAAGCCAUGCAGCUGCAUCAGGUUCGCAGGCAGAUUCCCUUAAUCAUGGGGGUCACGGCUCUUCAUCCCCUGACCAGGCACAAAAGGGCCUUUCCCCAGAGGAGAUCGCACGGCCUCUUUCCCCGGACAGUCCAGAGAUUAUAAGUGAGCUCCAGCGUUACGCUGAGGCAGCAGCUGCCAGAGAGUCCAGCGACCGGCCUGGCACCGUCACCAACACACAUGGAGACCACAGCAAACUGAGGCCGGCCCAGCCAUCUGACCAACUCCUAGGCAUCAACAGUUCUGCAUCAGCCCGUGCUGCUGCCUUGAACAUGCCAACAGCAAGUCGCUAUAUGGACUGGACGUCGGGCGCUUUUGGGAUGGACGUCAGAGGAGGCAAGCGCAAGGCUUCCUCUUCUCCUUUAGAGGACCACGUCCGGAAGCAACGGCACUCAAUGCCAGCACACAACUACUCUCUUCCUGCUGGCUUUAACUUAUCGUCUGUUGGCUUGAGCCCUGAGAUGUCUGGGCUGGCUGGUAAUUGUCCGACUCUCCUGAACCCCCUGUACAGCACGGGGAGCCCCUACUACACACUGCCUGGCUUGUUGGGGGACCCACGCCUGAUGUUCCCCAUGACUACUGACCCGCGACUCGCUGCUAGCACUGCUGGCCCCGCUGCCCCUACCUCAGCCACAGGCACUGCGGCGCCCUUCAUGCUCAACCCAACCUCGACCCUGCCCGCAGGCCUGCUGCCCGGCCUGCACCACCCAUUCGCCCAGUCUCUGCUAAAUGAGCCCCGGAUGUUCGCCCCAUACCCGAUGCCCCUGCUCACCAACAGCCUGUCGGCCGGCGUGGGACAGACCAGCAGAGUCUUUGCGCCAUCAACGUCGUCAUCUUCCAGCUACCCAGCUCCGGAGUUCCUUGGCACCACGGUUCCACGAGUGGACCCACCUGCAGGCUUGGACACUGCUGGCAGUUCAGAUGACGAUGUCAUUGAGGUCACGAGUAGUAACACAGGCUGACCUACUCCUAAGGGACAGGGCUGUCAUCCAAAUCUUUUUAAGUAAUUAAUUAAUUGACAAGUCAUUCACCCGAAUUUUAUGGCCGAUGACUACCAUUGUAAAUGUUGUCUUUUUUAUGUUUUUUUAAAUUAUUGGCCAAGUGUUUUUUUUUCAUCUUUUUUAAAUAAAACUUUACGCUGGAUUUUUUUUUUUGUUUCAUGUCUGGAAGGAAUUUUUGCCUUCAUUUAAGAAUUUAAACAACCUCUGACUUAACUUGAGCAGGAAAACUGCAGUUACUUCCUGUCUUUGCUGGAGAGGGUGGUGUCAUCAAAUCUAUUUAAAGGGGCUGAGUUACAAAAAUUGACUGCCCCUUUUGUAGGUUUUUCUUUUGUGUGUUUUUUUUAAAACGAGCUGAUGUGCAACUUGCUGACGCCGGAUGAGAAAUGGAAUGGAGAGUUUUCUUCUGUUUGUAGGCGAAGAGGGUGAAGGGAGAUGUGGCAAGUGAAGAGAGUUUUUAACUCUGGGAAGGAACUGGAUUGAAAAGCCAACAGAUAAUUUAUUCCCUGACAGUUUAGAGGCUAAGUGCAACAUGCUGUGUAGUUUGUAAGGUUUCGAGCACUCUUCUCAAUCACUGAACCUGGUGUAGUUGUUUCAGUCAUCUCCCCACUAUGAUGCAUUCUCAAUGCUGACUGUUGUCAGAGAGUGGGCUUGAUGGCCUUGCUGGAAACCGGAGAAUUGUACUCCAACAUGAAACAAAGGGUCAAAAUUGAAACUGAGUGAAUGAAAAAAAAUCAUUUUUGUUCAUAAUACUUGGAGGUACCACUGAACAGCAAAAGUGGAAACUAAUUGAUUACAAGCUCCCAUUUUAUGUUCUGCAAAAUACCAUAAGCCCUGACUCUUCCUCAAUGGUUGUUAAUUUUGAAAAUUAUGAAGUUUUCAAAUACUGUAUGCUACUUGGAUUGGGUUAAUGGAUGAUUGGCAAAAUUCUUGCCUGUCCAUUAGUGAAGUUAGGGUUCAUGGGCAGGGGAAACUCUCUGAAUGAAACUAAUACGGUUGAUGUUUUAUAUAGAAUAUCUUAAUUAUCCUCUGGAACAUGACAAUGCAGUGUCAAAUCUCACAGCAGACAGGCCAUAUGAAUUAAAUCUGUAGGGAAUUGGUUCAUUCAGGUAAAAUUCAAAUUGGUGUUUUUACACUAAUAUUAAACCCAGUGGACCUGUGGAAGGUUUCCCAGUUUAAGGGUUUGCUUUAAAAUUUAGAACUAGCAUUAUUAAUAUUUUUUCUUUUGUAAGUAAACUCCACUUUAACUUAUUUAUAAACUUGGGUAUUUAUCAUCACAAGUUUCUACAGUACAGAUGUUUUGUUU